GUAUCUGCACUGGCCCCCUUUAACCUCACAUUGCCUGUGUGUGCGCAAUCACCGCUCCACUUGCCUUGUUUUUUUCCUCUCAUGCAUCGUGUUCUUUCCCCAGUAAAAGAUGGGGCUGCCGUGUUUGCAUAAGAGCGUCAUCCUUUGCGAGUCUCGCAGGUAACCCUUGGCACUGUCUGUACACUCACCCGGCACUCUCCUUUGAGCAAACCCGCGUUCACCCACCAGCUUCGUUGCAGCCAUGUGGGACGGAUUGGGCAUGGUCCUCGCGCUGGGAGGCAUUAUGGCGCUGGCCUCGUUCGUUGCCGGUUCGUUGCCGCUGUCCUUCGCGCUGAGCCAGCGGCAGAUGCGUAUCAUCUCUGCUCUAGGCACGGGCUUGUUGGUCGGAACAGCCCUCAUCGUAAUCAUACCAGAAGGCAUGCAGACAAUGUACGCCGCCGAUGCUCAUGCCGCACCAAAAGCACAUCCCGCCGAAGCACCAAAAAAGGGAGGUCUGGCUGCACUCGCCCUGCACGGCGUAGGUCCGCAGCAGCAGAGCAAUGAAGAGGCCGGGCGCGCGGAAGAGCUGGCUGAGCUGUCCGGACGAGCCAUGCACUGGAUCACCGACCUGUUCUCCAGAUCGAUACAGGCGCGUGAGUCCACAAACGGAAGCGAAGAGGCGUCGCAUGCCUGGGUUGGCGUCGCCCUGAUCGUCGGCUUCAUCCUUAUGUACUUGAUCGACGCGCUCCAGAAGCCGGCCCCAUCGCGCGGCCAGCACAUACCGCUCACCACUCUGGACGAGCCGGAUGCGCCGGACGGGACCAUAGAGCCCCAAAUGCCGGCCUCCAAGUCCACCACGAUUGGGCUCGUCAUCCACGCCUUUGCGGACGGCAUAGCUCUAGGUGCGUCCUCCGCAGACACAAGCACGCAAUCCGCUCUGGGACUCAUCGUCUUCUUCGCUAUCCUUGUGCACAAAGCCCCUGCAGCAUUUGGGCUGACCUCGGUUCUGCUCAAGCAAGGACUCGGCAAGCGCGCCGCUCGCGCGCAUUUGCUAUGCUUCAGCCUCGCUGCCCCUUUUGGGGCCCUAGCUACGUGGACUCUCGUCAAACUGCUUGGAUCCUCUAGCUACGCCAGCGUCGCCUCGGAAAGCAAUUCCCAAUGGUGGACCGGUCUCAUGCUUGUCUUUUCCGGAGGCACGUUUCUGUACGUCGCAAUGCAUGCCAUGCAGGAGACGGAUCACGGAUCCUCGAGCCAUGGCAAGUCGAGGCUGGACGUGCUCCUCACGGUCACCGGCAUGCUCUUGCCCCUAUUGACGCAGAUCGGACAUGCGCAUGCACAUGGAGGCUGAUUUGGUACAGCACCAUCAGGUCUUUGCCUAAUUGUAUACGAGCUUUAUGUAUAUACACAAAUUUCGUUCUUUCAUCUGCAAUUGAUGCGAUCCCUGAAAAUUUUUUUUAUUCUUUAAUUGCUUUUCUCCCCACAUGAGAUGGUGCAAAAGUGGUAGCGGAGUGACCCAUCCGACUCUACAGACACAAAUAAAAUAGAAGAGAAAUUGAGAACGCCAACAUGC